AUGACCGAAAGCAACAGUCUGCGACCAAUUUUAGAUCAUAUUGUGAUCUUGGUCUCCUACCAGACGCUACAAGAACUCCCAAAGCGACUGGAGAGUGUCCUCACCGUAAUUGAUGGCGGGGCCCACGCAGAUGGCCGGACGGUCAACAAACUGAUCGAAUUUUCUGAUGGAGUCUAUAUCGAGCUCAUCGCCUUCCAAGAUGGCUUGGAUCCAGAAAGUCGAAAGACGCACAGAUGGGGAGAGCUAGAAGAGAACACUCUUGUCGACUGGGCUUACACGCUCCCCGAUGAAAAGGACUUUGGAGUGAUCCAACGGCGGGUCACAGAAGCGAACUCCAAGAUUUUUUAUCAACCUCCAGUCGCCGGCGGCCGUAUAAGACCUGAUGGAGUUGAGCUGAAGUGGUCCGUUGCUUCUGCCUACACUACUUCCGGCAAGGCUGUGCAUCCAGGCAAAGCACCAUUCUGGUGUCUCGACCGCACCCCCAGACACUUACGAGUGCCUUACAAGGAAGAUGAUGGAUCAGACCCUUCCUACACGAAGCAUCCUUCAGGUGCGAUUGGGGUCUCGGGAGUUUCGGUCUCAGUGCCCAAGGAGGAACGUGAUGCCAUUGCUGGGGUUUACGACGGAAUUCAUGGAUCCACUACUGGAGAGGGCAAAUGGCCUUUCGUUGUUCAUUCCGGCUCUACGAAGGGAAAGCAAGAGAUUACCCUGGGAAGCAGCGAGAAUCAGGAGAGGUACAUUCAUCUUACUCUCGUUGGUGACAAUGGUAGCCCUGAAAGCAUUGAGAUUCUGCCUGGUCUGAAGUUUAGCUUCGAGACCUAA